AUGCAUUAUGGGAAACUGGAGGAGUUUGUGACUUUGGUGACAGAGGCAGUCCCAGAGCUGCUGAGUUACAGACAGAGGAACCACCUGAUUCUGGCAAUACGAGCGAGGAGCUCUGAUGUGAAGGUGGAGGUGUCAGAAGCUGAUUUUGUGGAGCUGGUCCAAACCCUGCUGAAAGACCCAGCUGAGAGAGAACACUUCCUCCAGCUGGGUCCCAGUUAUGAUUCAGCUCUGCAGAUGCUGGUGUGGGAGUUCCUCUCCAGAUUGGAGCAGCUGCUGCCAGUACCAGACCUCAAACAGACUGUGUCAUUGCUCGAUGCUGCCCCCUCUGUCUUGGAGGAGUGUGUGCAGUCUGCCUCUGACCCACAGCAGCUUAAGGUCCUACUUCAGCACCACAGAUGUGUUGGACACUUGGACAGGAAUGUGACUCCUCCCUCCAUAGACAACUGUAUCCUGUCCUCACUUUCCCUCCCACCAUUUGGAAAAGUUGAUGAUUUGGCUGAACUGAUUGAAUAUGAUAACCAAUCAGAACCUGCAUAUGGCUCCAAAAAGUUAAGAACCACCUCUUCAGAUGAAGAGAUGACAGAAUGUGUGAUGGACAGCAGAGAUUACACAGGGGUGGAGCUGGGAUCAGGUCUGAACAGAAGUGAAGACAUAGAGGAGAGGAUGGAGAGGAAGACUGGAUAUGGGAUGAGCAGGGAGGAGGUAGACAUACUAUCCAACAUAAAAGAGGAAGAGGAAUAUGGGGAGAAGCAGAAGGAGGGGAUGGAGAAGGAGGAUGGUGUGAGAUAUGAAGAGGACAAGGGACUUUGGAAGGAGGGCCAAAAAGAGAGAGAUGAACAGAGGGAGAGAGGUAAAACUGAUCCAGCCCUCCAAACUGACAGAGGACUGAAGAAUGAAGGAAAAUCAGACUGUAACCAACAGGAAUGGGAUGGCCUUUCACCUCAGGUCACUUCCUGUCUUCUCAAGCAGCCAAGAGUGCUGAUUCGCCGACUUGAUGUUCCUGUAUCAUCACUUCCUCAUCUGAUGGUUAAUAAUGGGGACCAGGGAGUGAGUUCUCCAUGGAAACGGGAUGAGUUUAUGCCAGUGAUGGAAGAGGGCUCACUGAAGCAGAACAAACAGGUCAUGAUCCAGAAGGAGAUGAUUGGCAGCUGCAAGAUCCCACUGAAACAGCCCCCAGAUUCAUCAGAGAAAGAGAUCUUUGCUGGAGACCCCUUUGGAUCCUCUGUCAUCUCUCCCAGGAAAGAAGAAUCAGGGCAGACAGCUGAGGUGGCGUCACAGGUCUUUGCCUGCUCCCAGUGCCCAUUCACUGACAUGGAAGAAGUGAACCUUCACCAGCACAUUGAGAAGGGUCACCCAGAGGAGUACAGCAGGAUUCUGGGAUCUGGAGGAAAUGGAGCAGAGAACCCACUGCCUCCCAGCAACACCCCUCAGCACACCACACCCCCUAAGAGACUCCCCACCCCGACACAGUUCCACACAUGCCCCCAGUGUGGGAAGAACUUCAGGCAGUCACGUACUCUAAUACAGCACCAGCGAACUCAUACAGGAGAGCGGCCAUACCAGUGCUCCCAGUGUGGGAAGAGUUUCAGAUACGUAUCACGCCUUACAUCACACCAGCAAAUUCAUACAGGAGAGCGGCCAUACCAGUGCUCCCAGUGUGGGAAUAGUUUCAAGCGCUCAACUGAUCUAAUACAGCACCAGCGAACUCAUACAGGGGAGCGGCCAUACCAAUGCUCCCAGUGUGGGAAGAGUUUCAGGCACUCAGCUGGUCUAAUAGAGCACCUGCGAACUCAUACAGGAGAGCGGCCGUACCACUGCACACAGUGUGGGAAGAGCUUCCGUAAUUCAUGUAGUCUGAGACGCCACCAACGAACUCAUACAGGAGAGCGCCCAUAUCAAUGCUCCCAGUGUGAGAAGAGUUUCAGUCAGUCAGCUGGUCUAAUACAGCACCGGCGAACUCAUACGGGGGAGCGCCCAUACCAGUGCUCCCAGUGUGGGAAAGGUUUCAGGCAGUCAAUUGGUCUAACACAGCACCAGCGAAUUCAUACAGGAGAGCAGCCGUAUCAUUGUUCCCAGUGUGGGAAGAGGUUUCGUCAUUCAGGUAGUCUAAGACGCCACCAACGAACUCAUACAGGAGAGCGCCCAUACCAAUGCUCCCAGUGUGGGAAGAGUUUCAGAUGCGCAUCACACCUUAAAGCACACCAGCAAAUUCAUACAGGAGAGCGGCCAUACCAGUGCUCCCAGUGUGGGAAGAGCUUCAGGGUGUCAUUUACUCUAAUACAGCACCAGCAAACUCAUGUAGGAGAGCGCCCAUACCAGUGCUCCCAGUGUAGGAAGAGUUUCAAGCAGUCAACUGCUCUAAUACAGCACCAGCGAACUCAUACAGGAGAGCAGCCCUAUCAUUGCUCCCAGUGUGGGAAGGGCUUUUGUCAUUCAGGUAGUCUGAGACGCCACCAACGAGCUCAUACACGAGAGCGCCCAUAACAAUGCUCCCAGUGUGGGAAGAGUUUCAGAUGCGCAUCACACCUUACAGCACACCAGUCAAUUCAUACAGGAGAGCAGCCAUACCACUGCUCCCAGUGUGGGAAGAGCUUCUGUAAUUCAUGUAGUCUGAGAUGCCACCAGAGAACUCGUACAGGAGUGCGCCCCUAUCACUGCUCUGUUC